UCUUCAUAAUAUUCACUGUUGGUAUACACAUACAGACUUCAUACUUGUAUUUUGAAGUAAAGUGGAGGAACUGGUUGUUGUUGUCGAGUAUUGUGACGCACAGAUGUCUCAAUGGCAGAGGGUGAAACUCAGACACUUGGAGAAGAUGAAACGCAUUAUACACCAUUCACAAGAAGUCGCAGACAUACUGUGCUCUAAUAAACAAUGAGAACAAGCCUCUAGCCGAGCUUUUCAAAACAUAGAGCUCAAUUAAUAAGUGCACAAUAGGAGAUUGUGAAGAUGGAUUCCCAUGGAUAUUCAGCGGACCACAACCAACCACAGAUGAGCGGUGUGGAGAAAACUCCUGGCGGUUGGUAUAAGCCGACUCACUCCAGAAGCAGCAGCACGGGAUCAUCACGUCACUCGCGUCUGAACAUAAAACAUUGGGAAGUAAUGGACGACUUUCCGGCAGAUAUGAAUCUCAUCGCAGAGAGCCAAAAGGAUUCAAAUCCUCCAGGAAUAUGUGAAGGCUAUCUGAUGAAGAGGAGAAAGUGGCCUCUGAAAGGUUGGCAUAAGAGAUACUUUGUCUUGGAUAAAGGGAUCCUACGAUAUUCAAAAACCCAACAUGAUUUUUCCAAAGGAAAGAUGCAUGGUUCACUGGAUGUCAGUCUGGCUGUAAUGUCGGUAAACAAGAAAGCAGGACGUAUAGAUCUGGAUGCUGGAGACAAUCUUUAUCACAUGAAAGCCAAAAGUCAGGAAUUAUAUCAUAUAUGGGUCACCAAGCUAAGUGCCCACAGGAUGUAUAAGAAAAAUGAGGCCGCGCAUGUUCACAAUGGCUACCUACAGGCCCUGACCCAAAGCCAUUUAUCCCAAAAAACUAGUGCCAUGAGCACGUCUUCAUCUUACUUGGGUGAAACUCAAAAAGCAAAUCUGCCAAAUGUCAAUCCUGCGGUUAAUGGAAAGGUGGCAGCCUGGCUACAGACCCAAGAGCCUGACAUCUGCAGCCAAGAGCUUAACCGCUGUCAGCUGGAAAUGAAUGAGCUUCAUCGGCUGGUUCAGAAGCUGCUCGCUUAUGAGUCUGUCAAAACAGUCAAUAACGGAGACCUGCAAAGGAUUAUAAGCAUGCAGAAUCUAUCUCUUGACAAAACCAAGAAAAAGCCUGGCAAGAUCUGGGGUCACUCUCGCACACUGUCUCGAUUUGAAGCUCUUGGAACGUUAUCGUCAAGCCACCUAAACAGCUCUUCCCACCUGGGAGCCUCAGUGCCGUCUAUCCCAGAUUACGUCAGCACCCAGCUGACCCCAAAAAACUCACCAGAUGUCAAGAAGCUCCAUCAGGACAUCUGCUCUAUGUCCUUGAAAGUUCAUGGGUCUCUGUGUUCUGCACAUGAGUCUCUCGCUCAAGAGCGCCUGCGGCUGCAGGAUGCCUGGUCCAGCAGAGAGCUCCACCAGACCACAUCUGCCCAGAUUAACAACCUCUGUAGCCUGGCUGAGUUAGAUGUUAAAGCCCGCCACACCAAAAUCCACAAAUUGUCCGUGUCCUCCGAAUCCUCUGAAGACUCCUACCGCACUGUGCUACAAAGGAAGUUCGGUUCAGGCCGCAGUUCUUUACAUGCACCUUCAGUGGCUGACUCCACAGCGGAGUAUUUCGAUGCAUGUGAUGAGCUUGUGGACGCAACCUCUUCGGAAAUGUCAGACGAAUCGGGUCUGAGUGAUGGGUCCAGUAAUUCAGAGCCCGAUGAGGCUCAGGCAAUAGCUUCACGGAAGUAUCGUGCAAGUCUCUCGAGGGCGCCACAUAAACUGAAUAUUGUUAAGGGCACCGGACAUCGCACUACGCUGCCUGCCGUUUGCCCUGAUAACAGUCACGUUGGCUUAAUGACCAUCCUGUACAACAACAUUGGGAAGGACCUGUCCCGCGUCUCUAUGCCAGCAGCUCUGAAUGAACCUGUGUGCCUACUGCAGAGACUUUGUGAGGAACUGGAAUACUCAGAGCUUCUGGACACAGCCAACCAUACUGAUGAUCCCUAUCACAGGAUGGUUUAUAUUGCUGCUUUUGCCAUAUCUGGCUACGCAUCAGCCCAAUACCGCAAUCGCUACAAACCCUUUAAUCCCGUCCUUGGAGAGACAUUUGAGUGUAUUAGAGAGGACAGAGGUUUCCGCUACAUUAGUGAACAGGUUUCACAUCAUCCACCUAUAUCUGCUUGUCACGCAGAAUCGAGCAAUUUCAACUUCUGGCAGGACCAGAGAUGGAAGAACAAGUUUUGGGGCAAGUCUUUGGAGAUCAUGCCAACUGGGAUGGUGAAUGUGACUCUAAAAAAGUAUGGGGAUCAUUAUGAAUGGAACAAAGUGGUGACUUGCAUCCAUAAUGUCCUUAGUCAGCAGCGAUACCUUGAGCACUAUGGCGAGGUCAUCAUCCGCAACCUGAAUAGUUCAGUGUGCACCUGUAAGAUCACAUUUGUCAAGUCUCGCUAUUGGGGUUCAGAUGGGUCCAAAAACCAAGUCCAGGGUGAAGUUCUUAAUGAGACUGGUAAUGUUGUCCAUCGAUUUGGUGGAUUUUGGCAUGAAGGAAUCUUCUGUGACACCCUGCCCAACCCACAGUGUAUCUGGAAGCCAAAUCCACAGCCUAAGGACUACCUCCUUUACUAUGGCUUCUCUAGCUUUGCUAUGGAGAUGAAUGAGCUGACCCCUGAGCUAAAGCCCCUGCUGCCCCCUACAGAUACACGUUUGCGCCCUGACCAAAGGUUACUUGAAGAAGGGAAAGUAGAUGAAACAGAUAAAAAGAAGGAUGAGUUGGAAGAGAAGCAAAGAGAAAGGAGGAAAAUUCUGGCCAAAAAAGGAGAGGACCACAUUCCUCGCUUCUUCAGGAAAACCUUGGAUGAUGCUGGAAGGGAAGUAUGGCUAUACAAUGGAACGUAUUGGACGACCAGGAAGAAUCCAGGAUUUUCCCGCGUAAAGAACCUGGAAUUGUGGUGAAGGUAGAUUACUGCAUACCGUGGACAUCCAUGCUUGCACAUGAUUAAAGAAAACCCAUUGACAGCACAGAUGAAUUGCCCAGGAAUUUUCAUACAAAACUGAUUCCACCAAGCAAGGAUGGUGCUUUUGCCGACAGCAACAGGAUGAAUGCAUUUUAAGACUUUUUAUGAUUUUGUGUCUCAUGGUUGAGGACACAAACACUUUGACCUUGUCUUCCGUUUUGGAUAUAAGCCAGGACAACAAACUAUAAGAUGAAUGACAGAUGUAUGUGGAUAUCUUUAGUUUUAACCAACUGUUGUGUAGGUCAUUUCUAUGGACCACACUAAAUUGCUUUUCCAUUCAGAUAAUGAGUUGUGUGACACUGGAUAAAAUCCUCGGGAAUUUUCACAAUGGAGUCUGGAUUCAGAAAAUGGAUAUUAAUUAUUUAUUCAGAGGUGUUUUUAACUCAUUUUUAAAACAUGAUUUAGGUUUGGUUAACUUUCUAAAGGACUAUUAUUUCUUCUGUUAGAGACAUGGCUCAACCUGAGCAGGAUUUAGUUGUAAAUGGAUUAAUUCUAAUUUGAGUCCUCAAUGACUUACACUGAAGGAGAGGUGAAAUGUGUCCUUUGCUCUGGUUGCACAUCUAUUUUGUUUCAUACAGCAAGUGACAUGUUUACUUUUUUUAGGCUGCCACAUUGUUUAUCGGCAUUAAAUUAUUUAGUUAACAGUGUCAAUUUCAAACAACGCUUCUGUACUCUUGGCCAAAACUUUACAAAACUCCUAGUGCACAAACAUUUAAAUCAUUGCGUAUAGGAAUAAUGUAUAGGCAGUCGGUUGUUAUCGGAGAAAUAAUCCCCGACAGCUGCAACGCUAUCUCGCGAGAAUUCAUAACGUACAUAUUUUACGAGGUGGCUAAUUCGUAUCAAUUCAUUCGACCACAUUCGUAAGUUUUGGUACGAUUUGCCUCUGUGACGUUGGUGUUAGGGGCGGGGUUAGGUUUCGUCGUUGUUUUUUCAUGAGAAUCGUACGAUUUUGCACAAUUAAAUUCGUAUGAAUUAGCCAACUCGUAAAAUAUGUUCGAUUUUAUCACACUGAAGGGGCUUAUUUCGUGAUAACAACCGGCUGCCUCUGCAUUAUCCGCUUACACGGCUAUUUACCUCAGAAGUAAGGUAAGGAAAAUUAAAUAUUGAUUUUAAAUAUUUUAUUAAUUUUUAAUGAAUGCAGACCUUCCGCGAGGAAAACCUGUUUACUUUCGUUUUAACAUAAGACAAGACGAUAAAAUGUCGUGAUGGUUUAAUCAUUUGUAAAUAUUAUUGUGUCAUAUGUGUUAUUAAAAUGCAUAUUUAAUUUACAUUUUUGUGUGAUAUUAAACUGUACCUGUUAAAAUGAUUUGCAGAAUUAACGUUACCGUGUGUUAUUAGUUUUGAGCGGUUGUUAGGAAU